AACCCAGAAUCUUCAGAGAGGACCAAUAAUCGAUUAUCACUUGUUGACAAUCGAUUAUCUGGGUUACCGUUGUCCUCCAACGGAUAGAAUUUUAAAUUUUUGGACAGGGAAUCUUUGGAUAAUCGAUUAUCAUGAAGAAGGGAAUUGCACUCAAGGCUUCCUCAAGCCAAGAACCCGCCAUGGAGGAAUCAAGCGAUGAAGACAACGAGUUCGGGCUAGUCAUCAAGAAAUUCCACAAGUUCAUGCGCAAGGAGUAUGAACGAAAGGGUAAAAAGCAUGGAGGACCACCCAAGUGCUAUGGAUGUGGAGAAGUUGAGCAUAUCAAGCCAAAAUGCCCAAAUGCCAAAGACGAGAAGGAGAAGAAACCGUUCAAGAAGCACCGAGCUUACAUCUCGUGGGGAGGUGAUUCCGGCGACGAAUCAUCGGAAGGUGAAGAAAAUGAAAGCGCCAACCUAUGCCUCAUUGCACACGAGGAACCACCGGAAGAGGUUUUGAAAAUGGAACUAAUAAUAAAGGAAAAGUUGAGCAACCACCUAAACACCCUAAGGCUCAACCUAGGAAAACUAAAAUGAACAAUAAUAGACAACCUACAUCAACUAGGAACACUAGACCACCUAGAAAGAACAUUAGGAUAAACAGUAGUCAAGUUAGAGAACCUAGAAACCAUUUUCCAAAUAUGCAUAAACAAACUUUUUCUCAAACUAGGGUCAAUCAAUAUAGAAAACCUAG